AUGUAGCAAGGGAGAAGGCCCCCUUUUCCCUCUUUCUCGGUCCCUUCAGGACCCUCCCUUGCACCCUCAGAGGAAGCUUCCUGUACACGCCCGUUAACACGGGCCACUUUGUCAUUUGUCCUGGCUCUCGGAAAGCUCUGCCGGGAGAGAUUAUCUCCUAUUCCCACUAAUUCAGUUGACUCGGGGUUUCUGUAGUGACCACAAUGAAACGCUUUGGAAUUAAAUAAAUAGAGUGGUGGAGGUAUAGAGAGGUUCGAGCAGAAGCCUGAGUGGGAACAGAUGGCGGUGGGUGUCCUGCGCAGUAAUGUGAGAGGGUAGUUAAUGUUCUGAAACGCGGAGGUGUGGCUUGGGAUUCUCCUAAUGAAGAAAGGCUUUCACACGAGGAGAGAGACUGUCAUUUAGAGAGCCAGCUAUAGAACUCGGUCCAUCUUGAGGCUCGGCGACAGAUUUCAGAGUGGUUUAAUUGGAGUUUGCCUGUGGGUAAUCGUUUACAGUGGGGGGUCAGGAGAGAGCAGGAAGGUCGCAGCCCAAUGUAACGCUGGGCUGACCAUGAUGUGAAGAAGCAGGAAGAGUAUUUGGAGCUUAAGGACGUGUUUGCUGUGAAGGUAAAGCGGCGACGCUCUGUGGGGCAGCAGACGGGCGGAACUCUGCUGGGCAUCACAGUCUUCCAGUGCAAGAAGAAAGGGCUCAAACUCAAGGAACAUGCCAUCCACCUCAAUAACCUCAGUGCGGACCACUGUGAGAUUUGGUUCAAAAGCCUCAAAGAAAUCCUCAGCGGUUUUAAGAACGUCCCAAGUCUCUCAAAGUCUUCGUGAACCCCAUCAGCCACAAGAGAGAGGCAUACCAGAUCUACCUGGACGAAGUUGCCCCCUCUUCAAGCUCGCUGACAUAGAAGCUGAUGUGACCAGUUCUACCAAUGUGGUGGCCUGCUCUGUGCAUGGAAUAAGACGGGCUAUGACUGCAGCCUUGCACAUCAUCAUCGGUCAUCAUCAGCCCGUGGACGUGUGCAGCUUUAGCUCUAUGGGUCAUCUGCUGAGGUUCGGCUUCUCUGCCAUGUUUGGUUUCGGUGGGCGGACGCUCGCACUGGCAGAGAGACACCGCUGGAUGCCACCCAGCCAGUGCCACGAGUUUGCUCUCAUUAAAACAAUGGCAAACCUCAAACCUGAAGACUGUGAACUGUCCUUUAUAACCAGCAGAGGAGCCGAGGAUCAGACAAAAGCUGAGCGAAACAGGGAUGGAGGAGACAUUUGUGAGCAUGGAUCCUGGCAGACCAGACAAGGUCUGUACCUGAAUAUCAGCAUCAUGGCUAUUCCCUGCCUGUGCUCCAUGGCCCCCAGGGGCCUGGCCCCAAACAUCAGGUUGAACAAUGGCAGUAUGGCACUGAUAGCUGUUGGAAACACCUCCAGGUCAGACUUCACCAAGCACUUGAAGAGAUACAACAGCACAAACAACCAGGUGAGCUCACCUGCCUACUGAGGGAACUUACUGAACUCACAUCAGCCAGACUUGCAGGAAAUCCAGCCCACGCAAAUGGAGUUAACAACCUCCCCAGCUUAAGCAGAAUUAGCAUACUGUCAAGUCAAAUUAGUCGUUGAUUGUCAGCUUCCCACAAAAUACUUUUCAG